UUUGACAGGACAUAUUUAAUUGGUGAUGAGCUAGGAAGUGGUGGGUUCGGAUUUGUUGUUCAGGCUACUCGUCAAAAUGAUGGUCUUCUCUGCGCGGUCAAAUUCAUCUACAAAGAUAAGAUUCCAUCUCACGCAUGGGUUAAGGAUGACUUCUGGGGAGAUGAAGACGACUGUAACGGUAUCUUGCGGUCUAAAGACGGAGUCAAGAGGACCAUCCAACAUCGUGGGGUUGUAUCCUAUGUGGAUUUGUUCGAGGACCAGAGCUAUCUUUACCUAGUAUCACCUGCAAUGAUGAGACGAUCCUCGUGCGAUCUAUUCGAAUGUAUAGAACAGCACAGUCGUCUUCCUGAACAUUUUGCAAAAUAUGUUUUUGCUCAGUUGGUGGAUGUGGUGGGAUGUUUACAUUAUAACGGAUUCGUUCAUCGCGAUAUCAAAGAUGAAAACAUUGUGAUCGAUGACAAAUACCGGGUUAAACUCAUCGAUUUCGGUUCUACUUUCCUCUUCGAUUAUCGCAAGGAGGUUCCAUCGCUAGCUCGGUUUUAUGGAACCAUGAACUUCGCUGCACCUGAGAUAUUAAAGAAAGGAACAUAUCAACCAAUAGCAGCCGAGAUAUGGUCAUUAGGCAUCCUACUCACCAUUCUAGUCACAGGAGAAUCUUUCUUUCGUGACACAGAAGCUGUAAAGGGAUACAGAGCUUCUGCACCCAAUUCACCCAUCUCAGAAAGCUGUAUGGAUCUUAUCUUUCGUUGCUUAGCUUAUGAUCCUAAUGAUCGUUGGAAUUGUUUUCGAAUUCGUACUCAUCCUUGGUUAGCUGAU